AGCACAUAGUAUUUUUUAAUUUACCAAAUAUAAAAUAAGAAGUUUGAAUUUUUAAAAAGCACAUACACCUCUUCAAAAAAAACUUUACCCAUGGUUUUAAAAAUUGUAUCGGACCGGUCUAGUCGAACCGGUUCAAUCAAAAACCGAAGCGGUCCGAUUCUCUAUCUAUAACUGCUCAAAAAACCGGUAAGAAACCGUCGAACCGGCCAAAAAUUGGCCGGUUCGGAUAAAACGACGCCAUUUUUUAAUUUGAAAAAAAAAAAAAAAAGAAAACCGAUCCAGGAUUCCAGGUCAUUCCCAAACACCCCCUCCCCUCUUCCCCCAAUAAUUCAUUCAUUCAUGUUCUUAAUCAAAGAAACCGUAGCCGCCUAGCCCUCCAUCGUCGCCGCCUAACCCAGGUCCUCAGCGCCGCCGCCGUCCCAGGUCCUCAGCACUGCCGCUUCUUCCUCCAUCUUCGUCUUCUAACCCAGGUCCUCCAUCGUCACUGCCUAACCCAGUAACUCGGCAGGUCCUUUUCGGCUCUUCAUCUUCGCUGGCUUUUCGGCACGGACCCAGGUUAGUGGCUUCUCGUCUUCAUCUUCACUGAGGGUUUCAACUGUUUUAAGUUUGGUUCUGAAGGUUGGUUCUUCCAUUCUUCUUUUGGUUCUGUCUUGUAUUUGCUGGUUGCUAAUGGUGGAAAUUUUACAAAUUUGCAAAUUUGUAUGUAUGGUUCUGAUUGUAUGGUGGAAAUCUGUAUGUAUUAAAAUUUGUUUUACCAGUUGCUGAUAGUGUUUUACUAGUUGCUGAGAGUGUUUUACCAGUGGACUACUUGCUUGUUGGCAUGAGCUUGGUUGCUAUCUGAAUAUAAGUAUGAAGUUGUGUAACUAGUUCUUGAGAAGAGAAUUUUCCCAAGAUUUAAAGCAUUUGGCAACACUCAGAUGGAUUCUUUUGUUUUCAAAUACUACUUUUAUCUUAUUGUUGACUUCUGAUUAUAUAUAUAUAAGACGAUUGUGUACUUUUCUUAUCUUCAGAAGUUUACUUCAUUAUUGGGAAUGUGUGAAAUGUUACAUACUUGCUUCAAUGAACAAUUCUAAUUAGCAAUAACUAAAUUGGGUUUCUUCUCUCAUAAGAAAGAAGUUAUUUUGUUGGGGCUAUGUCAAAUUGGAUUGUAAUGUUGAAAGCUUAAACUGUAGUAUACCUGACCACUUGAUUCUGGUCAAGGUCAAGCAGCUUCUGCUCUAAAUUCAGAUUCAAGUCUUCAAGCUAGACUCUUGGAUAAUAGCAGCCCCGAUCAAUCUUUAGACGCAUCUGCUCACAGCACUGCUCAACAGUUAUUAGGAGGAAGCAGGAUGGCUGCAUCUGUAAGCAAUGGUUUUGAGAAGUCCUUGAGGGAAAAUGGGGAUUGCAAAUUUCAUGCCCCAUCUGAGUAUAAGCGACGUAAAGUUUCUGCCGUUCGUGAUUUCCCUGAAGGAUGUGGACCGUUUGCUCCAAGGAUUGAAGCAGUUUUAAAGUGUGAGGACAGUAGCCAGCAUCCUGAGUUACAUGCCAAAACUCUUGUCCAAACUACUGAUUGCAAUUUGAAUAAGCAAAAUCCAGUCGUCUCAUCUGAUCAAGUGGAUAGGCCUCCUCUGGUAAAUGACGAACCUGCAAAAAUGUUGCUGGCAGACAUGGAAGUUUUGGCAGAUACAGAGUCUGGAAGAGCUGUGAAGUUGUCUUCUCCAGUUGGUGAGGUGGCUGGUUCCAGUGCUUGGACGGAGAACAUGCUCACUAGAAGCUAUUUUCCUCGAAGGAAAGUUUCAGCUAUUAGAGACUUUCCUGCUUUAUGUGGACGCAAUGCUCCAUCUUUGCUGAAUGAAAAUAGAGGGGUUGAACAGAACACGACUGUAAAUGAUGACCUCUUGAAAAAAGUAGCUGCCACUGAAAUGAAGGAAGCUGAAAAUAAUGCUCAAGAUGAUUCUUGCAAGAGAAAGCUUGUGGACAUAGUUUUAGCUGAUUCUGAAGGGAAUGCUACAGAGAAUGUGAAUAAGCAGGAUGUAUGUGAACCACCCAUUGGGAUAAAUAAGCAACACAAAAACCCCAGAGAAAAGAAAAUUGAACUUCCUACAGAGAUUGAUCAUCAUCAGGCUGAAAUAAAUUCUAGUGAAGCAGAAAAUGAGGAUGCUAUACCAGUUGAGAAGACAUUAGGAAUGGAAAUUAUAGUGUACCCUGAAGUCCAGGCUCUUGAGGCAAAGCCUUUGCGGGCUGUAUCAAACAGGAAAGUAGUGCUAGGGUUGAAGUCUGGGUCAGAAUGUUUUCUGAGGUCUAAUAAUGGUCCCUCCAAAUUUAAAAGCAUUGAUGGUGCAAAGGAAAGCAAAGGAAAGAAAGAUGAUGUCUUGGUACGGCUUGGCAGGACUAAGACUGCUACCAGGACUAAAGAUGGCAUACAUAAUUCUAGGUUGAAGCCUCUGAAGAAGAAAAAGGAAAAUGCUGCUUCCCAUGACAGAGGUCAGUCAGAAAUUUUGGACAAGGAUUGUGUUGAUCCUAAUCAAAAUGGUGCGGACUUUCAAACUGUCACAAAACCAUGUAGUUUCAAUGUCAAUGUUCCUCCUUUUGGUCAUAGUAAGUUGAGUGAUAAUGAGAAUGACUCAAAUGUUACUCGACAUAAAGUGCGGGAAACACUACGACUUUUUCAAGCUGUUUCUAGAAAGCUUUUGCAGGAACUAGAAGCAAAGAAUGAGAGGGGAAGGGUUGACUUACUAGCAGCGAAGGUCCUUAAGGAGAAGGGGAAAUAUGUUAAUGAAGGUAAGCAGAUAUUGGGAUCUGUACCUGGGAUUGAAGUUGGUGAUGAAUUUCAGUAUAGAAUUGAGCUUAAUAUAGUUGGCCUUCAUCGCCAAAUUCAGGGCGGUAUAGAUUAUGUGAAGCACAGUGGUAAGAUUCUUGCAACAAGUAUUGUUGCAUCGGGAGGCUAUGCUGAUGAUUUGGAUAAUUCAGAUGUAUUGAUAUAUACAGGACAAGGUGGUAAUGUGAUGAACUCUGACAAACAACCUGAAGAUCAGAAGCUUGAACGGGGAAAUCUUGCUUUGAAGAAUAGUAAUGACGAACAGAACCCUGUUAGAGUGAUACGUGGUGCUGAUUCAGCAGAUGGGAAGUCCAAGACGUACGUUUAUGAUGGACUCUAUCUGGUUGAGUCGUGUUGGCAGGAUAUGGGGCCACAUGGGAAGCUGGUAUAUAAGUUUCGGUUGCGAAGAAUCUCUGGUCAACCAGAGCUGCCUUUGAAGGAAUUGAAGAAAUCUAAGAAGUUCAAAAUGAGAGAAGGUCUAUGUGUUAAUGAUAUUUCUUAUGGGAAAGAGCGAAUUCCAGUAUGUGCUGUGAAUGUCAGAGAUGAUGAAAAACCCCCACCUUUUAAAUACAUAACCAGCAUGAUUUAUCCUGAUUGUGAUCUCAUUCCUGCAGAAGGAUGUGGUUGCAUUAAUGGUUGUUCUGAGUUGAGAUGUUCUUGUGUAGCCAAGAAUGGGGGUGAAAUCCCAUACAAUCACAAUGGGGCUAUUGUAGAAGCAAAGCCUCUAGUUUUUGAGUGUGGACCUUCUUGCAAGUGCCCUCCAACUUGCUAUAACAGAGUCAGUCAACAUGGCAUAAAAUUUCAACUUGAAAUUUUUAAAACCAGUACAAGGGGAUGGGGAGUGAGAUCCCUGAAUUCCAUCCCUUCAGGUAGUUUUAUAUGUGAAUAUAUAGGAGAGCUUCUCGAAGAUAAGGAAGCAGAACAAAGAACUGGUAAUGAUGAGUAUCUUUUCGAUAUUGGAAAUAACUAUACAAACAAUACUCUUUGGGACGGACUUUCGAACCUUAUGCCUGAUGCACAGUCAAGUUCUGGUGGAAUUAUGAUGGAUGGUUGUGGCUUCACCAUUGAUGCUGCACAGUAUGGUAAUGUGGGGAGAUUCAUCAACCACAGUUGUUCUCCAAAUCUGUAUGCUCAAAAUGUGCUGUAUGACCAUCAUGACAAAAGGAUGCCUCACAUAAUGUUCUUCGCUGCUGAGAACAUUCCUCCUCUGCAAGAGCUGGCGUAUGACUACAAUUACAUGAUCGACCAGGUCCACGACUCCGAUGGCAAUAUAAAACGGAAAGCUUGCUACUGCGGUUCUGUGCAAUGUACAGGUAGGAUGUACUGAGCCUUGUUGUCAAUAUCAAAGUUGUUAGGUAUGAUUAUGAACAAUAUAAGCGACCUUUUUAAGUACAUUAAUUUUACAUCAGACCACCAAAGUAAUGAAACUGUGUUGUGUACUUUUUCAAUCCCAUAGAUAUAAAUAUAUGAGA